CUGUUUAUCUGCUAGUGUACGAUUAAGGUCUACGUGACUUUUUUUGCUACCAAGAGGUCUUGAGUGCACCUCUCUACAUAAGUUCUCCAUUAUAUUAACAGAACCGGUGUCAAGACAGGACUAAUAGAAAUAAGAUCUGAUGACCAGCCUGCUUCCUAUCUGCUCCUUGAUAACUUUAUGGUUAGAAGGAGCAAUAUGAUAGAACUGUAUUUCACUUGUAAACUGCGAUGAAGUAAGAAUUCAUUCCUUAUGGUUAGGAAAUUUAGUGUUAUGCUUGAGCUUCUGCUCAAAAUUGAGGAUCAUCAAUCAUUCAGUGCAGAAGACCUCUCUGUUUGAUUUCUUCUUGAUAGCCAAGAGCUCGAGAUAAUACUUUUCCCAUCCUAGGCUAGGCGUUCUAAUCAAUUCUG